AUGGCUGAUAUUUUAAUUCGUUUUAUGUUGUCGUCUUCCUCUCAUCUCUCAGCAAUGUUGACUGCCACAUGGAAAAUACUUCUCCCAGUUUGUAUAACUUGCAAUGUGGUCAUUCUUAUCUCUCAUUAUUUUGCUUUGGGGACCAGAAAUCCUCUGAUCAUAGGCGGUAGAGGAAAGUUACGUAAGGUACUUGAAGGUUUAUCUAUCAAAGUUGGCAGCUAUCAUCCGACGAUUUGGACGUUUGGAGGAAACCUUCAAACGAUUUUUGGAGAUCUCCUAAGAAGCCGUCCGAUAGUUAAGUACACAGCUGAGGAUAUAGAGACGCCAGAUGGCGGUAUAGUUAGACUUGACUGGACUUCUUGCGGUGAUAAGGAGCCAACGGAGGAAACAGGGACUGUCCAGACUGAUAUCAAGAAAGAUAGUGAUAGACAACAGCAAGCCGAAGAUAAUAUACAGGGAUCAAAGUUUGAAAAUGAAUCACAAAAUAUUGAAAAUGAAUCGGAGAAUAUUGUGUUGAUAGUCCCAGGACUAACAGGAAGUUCACAGUCUGGUUAUGUUCUACAAUUUGCAGAAGCGGCUAUAUGUUUGGGUUACCGUGUGGUUGUGUUGAACCAUCGUGGGAUAACCUGUGUGCCGGUGACCUACCAAUUCUCCUGUGCGGCUAACAGUGAUGAUUUAGAGUUGGUUGUUAAACAUAUUCACCAGCGAUACCCCAAGAGUCGUAUCUGUGCGGUUGGUAUUUCUCUGGGGGGAAUGAUUACUACAAAUUAUUUAGUAAGAAUGAGUUUAUCAAAUGAGAAUUCUGGCUUGCAUGCUGCAUUUGUCAUCUCUAUACCGUACGAUUCAUUUAAGGCUGCAGACUCACUGGAAAAACCUGUUCCUUGCUUCCUGUUUAAUCGAUUUUUGACAAGAAAACUACAAAGAUUGUUUGUGACAAACAGAAAUGCUUUAAUGUCGAAGGGAAUUUAUGUACCCGAGGAGCACGCUAAGGAUGCGGCAAGGGCAAAUACAAUCCGGCAGUUUGACGCCGCGGUUAUAGCACCAAUGUUCGGAUACAAAAAUGUGGAUCAUUACUACCAUGCUUCUUCAAUUGUGGAAAAACCUUUUGAAUGUAUCAAGACACCAUUGCUUUGUCUCAGUGCUGAUGACGACCCGUUUUCACCUCCUGAACAAAUUCCAGCACAGAGAAUUAAAAAUUGUGACAAUGUUGCAUUGUUGCUUACACAUACUGGUGGCCAUGUUGGGUUUCUUGAAGGACUCCUUCCUGUUGGGCGUGGCUACAUGGAUAGAGUUUAUAAGGAAUUUAUAAAGGAAGCAUUUGACAAGUUGUAA